AGGUCUUUUCACAGGCUGCGAGCUUAAAGCGGAUAAGGAGUAUCAGUUCAAGGUAGACGAUGAAGAAAAUGAGCAUCAGUUAUCUUUGAGAACGGUUACUUUAGGGGCUGGAGCCAAAGACGAAUUGCACGUUGUAGAAGCAGAAGCUUUGGACUAUGAAGGAAACCCUACUAAAGUAGUACUGGCAUCUCUGAAAAUGUCAGUGCAGCCUACGGUUUCAUUAGGUGGCUUUGAGAUCACACCACCAGUGGUCUUGAGGUUGAAAUGUGGUUCAGGGCCUGUUUAUGUCAGUGGUCAGCAUCUUGUGGCAAUAGAGGAAGAACCAGAAUCAGAUGAUGAGGAAGAUGAUACAAAAAUUGUGAACACUUCAACAAAGAGACCAGCAAGUGGAGGAGGAGCUAAAACACCACAGAAAAAAGCAAAAUUAUCAGAAGAUGAUGAGGAUGAUGACGAUGACGAUGAAGAUGAUGAUGAUGAUGAGGAUGACUUAGAGGAUGAUGAGGAGGAAAUUAAAACACCAGUUAAGAAGCCUGUCCGUGAGGCUUCAGGAAAAAACAUGCAGAAAGCAAAGCAAAAUGGAAAAGACUCUAAGCCAUCCACACCAGCAUCUAAAUCAAAAACUCCAGAUUCCAAGAAGGAUAAAACUCUGACUCCAAAAACUCCAAAAGUCCCUCUGUCGUUAGAGGAGAUAAAAGCAAAAAUGCAAGCAUCUGUAGAUAAGGGUACUACCCUUCCUAAGCUGGAACCCAAAUUUGCCAACUAUGUUAAGAAUUGCUUCAGGACGGAGGACCAGAAGGUCAUUCAAGCUCUCUGGCAGUGGAGACAGACUCUGUAAGAAAAGAAAACAGUUUAAACAGUUCAUUAAAUUCUGCAGUCUUAUUUCUGUAACCAUUAUUUGGCU